AUGUCACAAGUCGGUCAUGGUUCAUGGGGCAACAAUUUCAUCAAACAAGUCCAGACUCCGGGUGAGAUGAUGAAACCAACAGUAGACAAGGUAUUGAAGGACGUCCAACUCCUCUCCAAGCGUAUGCGCACGAGGGAGGCCUUCGCGGACGAGUUGUUGAACAAGGUGGGCGCGUUGCAAUCCCAACUGGAGUCAAUGCGAGUCUUCCAAGAAGAGACAUUGGAGUAUGAGGACAUUGCGAAACGGGCGGAGAAGAACCCUCGGAAGCAGCUGAUCCUCUGUCUGGCUGCGGAAAACAAGCAGCUGGAGCAAUUAAAAAUGCAGAAUCGCACUCUGGAGACAUCUCUUGAGGAGCACGAACUCACUCUGGAGAUGAUCAUGUCCAAGUACCGUGAACAGAUCUCCAAUCUGAUGCGGACAAACGAGACCGAGAGACGGAUGGAUCAUCGUAACGUCAGUAGCAACGGCGUUGCCUCACAGACUGACGGUGAACGAAAUCAAGUAGACGCGGAUACAUUAGGGACACCAGUAGCCACAGACGAACGACUAGCAGUGAUGGCAGCUAUCGCGAAGGAGGUGGCGGAGCAGUCAGAGGCUUACUCCGCCGAGCUGGAGGCGGAACUGCAUCGACUGAAUGCGGAGAAUCAGGCACUUCGGGAACUGCUUGCCAUUGAAACUGCCAACUCCGUUUCCUCCUCCCCCGCUGGCGCUGGCGUCAGUACUGUCAAUUCCAACACCGCAAUAUCCUCCACGACUGCAAGGGAGACGAAUGGAAGUGCUACAUCGAAGCCUGGGGAGGAGUGGGCUGGUGUACCAAUUGUCUUCAAUUUUAUCGAGAAAUGUGGCUACCAUUUAACUGUUGUGACGGCGAUAGGCAGUCCUGAGAGUUUUGGGGUGUCGCGCUGCUCAGUAAUGGUAGCAAUAGGCUCUUCCGACCCCGAUUUUCCCAGCCUUGCUCGUCUCACCGACGCUGUUCGAGAUAAUACAUCUUCCCCUAUCCCUUCCGAGACGCGACCCUCGGGCGUCUCUUUAACCCAUCUCUCCACCGCCUUUGCCGCCGGGUUCGCUCUAGGUGCAGUGGUAGGUCUGCUCAGUGCAGAUGCGCUUUUUUCCUCCCACCGCCUUCGUAGUCGAAAUCGCAACGAUCAUCUGGAAGAGCAGGUUGAGAUAAUUCGACGUGAUCUGGAUCAACUGCGCUCCGUUGGGCGCCCUAGUCCCGUCGCCUUCGAAGUUUAUGUAGAUGAUGACGAGGGUGCCGGGGAAGACGAUGAUGAAUUCUUCGACGUGACUAGUGGAAUGAGUGGCGAAAUGAGUUCCGAAAUCUCUGCCCGCUUCUCUUCCACCAUGUCGCUUUUCUCUGUGCCACCGCCGCCAGAUCAACCGCUUCCCUGUGCAGUGGCGGAGGAGUUGGACGCGUUGGCGGCUGCCGUUCGUCUCGCCAGUUCCUCUUCGGCCGUUGAUGCGGCUAAUCGAGCUUUCAAUCGCUGUUUGGAAUACAAAAAGCAGUACAAACAAUACCCGGGCUUCCUCUGGCGUUUUGCUCGCGCUUCUCAUCUCAUGUGGAUGACAUCGACGCUAGUGGGCCAUACCGCGGGCUCCAGCAGCAAUAGCGCCGGUGAUGGUAAUUUGGCAGACAACCACUGGAUUGAUGCGGGUCUGUCGAUAGCGCGCAGCGCCGUGCGUCAGGUGGAAGCAGCGAAUGCGGUGGUAGAGCAGGAGGCGGUGGGCGAUGCCGCUCGCUCCUACCAAUGGCUUGCCAUCUUUUUGGGUCUCUCCGCCACCUCUUCUUCCACUCCUGUCUCCCAGCGCAUCCAAUUGGGCUAUGAAUUCUUGCAACCUCCUGUGACUUGCAAAAUGCAGAUGCUUAAAUGCAUGCAUGCUCUGUGGAUGAAAAAUUGUAACCCCAUUGGUAUGUUACUGCUCACUGUGCCCUCCACUAUUUUCCUCUUCUUUCCAAUCCACGCUGUAUGGGGUAAGUGCUGGCUGGACGUAACGGAUGUGAUUGGAGUGCGUCUGCUUUACCAGCUCAUUUAG